AUGAAAUCGGAAGACGUUCGAAAAGUUGUAGUGCUAAUGAUUGACGAUGGAAUGUCACCGCGUGAAAUUGCUAAACAAUUACGAAAGGUGGUUAGUGAUUGUACAGUCAGCCGAUGGCAACAUUUAUAUAAAACAACAGGCACAAUUGAUUUGAAAACACCUGCUGGUGAACUCAGAAUUAUACGAACAAAAAAUCCCAUACAAAAGGUGAAACGUAGAUUUACUUAUAAGAGUCGACGAAGUGCAAGACAAUUAGCUAAAUCACUUCGAGUUUUCAGAAGAACAAUGAGUCGUAUAAUUCACGAGGAUCUUCAUUUACAUGCUUAUCAUGCUAGAACUCAGCCAAAUCUUCACGAUAAACAUAAACAACGAAGAAUAUCAUUUGCAUAUUGA